AGUCAUUGCUUUGAACAGUAGGAAAUUCAAUACUGGAAACAUUCUGUAUAUUUAGCGAAUGCUAGGUUAAUUGAAAUGGGCACAAGAUCCUAAUUCAUACUGAUUGUUCUAUUGUUUUCGUAUAUAUUUUGGUAAGACUCUCCACAGGGACCUGCAUAGUUUCGAAGACGAUUUGUAUCAUGGUGGAAGUAGUGAGGAAUCUCCAUUAUUACUAUAAGUAUCUUGUGCAUGAUCUUGCAGAUAAAAGAACAGACGAAUACUUGUUCGCUUCAUCACCAUGGAAACCGAUAGGAAUUUUCGUGCUCUAUGUCUUGAUAGUAAAGAAAAUCCUUCCAGAUUUUAUGAGGCAUAGAAAAGCUUUUAAUUUGGACAAAAUUAUCCUGUUCUACAACUUCACCCAAAUAGUGUUUAAUGCUUAUCUACUCUACAGAGCAAUUCCGUUUUUGACCAGCCACACUCCUGUGUGUGCGCCGGUAGAUUAUUCUAACAAUCCAAGUGCCAGACUUCAGUUGGACUUGUGCUAUCUGUAUUACAUACUGAAAGUUUACGAUUUACUGGAUACUAUGUUCUUUAUAUUAAGAAAAAGAGAAAGACAGGUUACUUUUCUCCAUCUUUAUCACCACGCUAUGAUGGUCACUUUCCCCUGGAUAGGUCUGAGAUACGUUGCUGGUGGUAACACCAUGUACAUAGGUGUUUGUAAUACAGUGGUUCAUAUUGUUAUGUACUUCUACUAUGCCAUCACUUUGUGGAACUCUGGUACCAACAAGACCGUGUGGUGGAAGAAGUAUCUAACGCAGCUUCAGCUGGUUCAGUUCAGCUUGUUGUCUAUAAUGGGUUUCAUCCUCUUGGUACACCCAACAUGCACGUAUCCGAAAUUGAUCGUCACACUAGGGAUGAUACAAAAUAUCUAUCUGAGUUACCUCUUCGGGACCUUCUACUAUAAAACAUAUGUUGUUCAGUCGAAAAAGAUCGAAAUACAAGAGAAGAAGCUGGUGUGAAUACGUUUUUUUUUUUAUUUAAGUUAUUAGUUUCGAGUAAGUGAAUUUUAUUUAUAUUUUUCAACGUGAUAUCAAAACUGUGAGUGUCUUAUUCUUAUUGUAUAAGUAUUGUGAAUCAUUUAUUCAUUCCUGAAGUAAUUACUCUAAUAAAUCAUUAUAGAUCUUA